AUGACCCUUGCGGAGUGCCUUCUCCUGCUAUCACUGGCUGGUCUAUCCACCCAGCAGACCAACUACUGCGAUCCCAAGCUAUGCCCCAAGGGAGGUCCCCACAUUGCCUGCAACGGACUGACCAUCCUAGCCACUCCUUGCGGUUCCGGAUCACAGGAAACCCUUCUGGACUCGUCCCUCCAAGCGCUGAUCCUAGAUGCGCACAACAAACUGCGCAGCAAAGUCGCUUCCGGCCAGCAAACUUAUGCCGCGAACGCACUCUACCCGCAGGCAGCACGGAUGGCAACACUGCAAUGGGACAACGAGUUGGCCGCGAUUGCUGCAAGUAACGCUAGACGGUGCGUUUACGGUCAUGACAAGUGUCGCAACACGAUUGCCUUCCCUUACGCAGGUCAGAACAUCGCUAUGUUCUCGUACUCUGGGCAGACAUUCACCGUGAACGAACUGAUCACCGGAUUUGUCAACGAUUGGUUCUCGGAGUUCAAGGACGCGAAUCCCAACUAUGUAGCUUCGUAUCCAAGAGGAUAUACGGGCCCAGAUAUUGGUCACUUCACGCAGAUCGUCUCAGAUCGAACCAAUCGGAUCGGUUGCUCCCUGGUGAAGUACGAUGAGGACGGGUGGACGAAUCAGUACUUUGUGUGCAACUAUGCCUUGACUAACAUAGUUGGUCAACCGAUUUACGCAGCUGGAAAUGCCUGUUCUAAGUGUACUUCCGGUUGCAACGCGGCCUACCCAGGACUGUGCAACGCAAACGAAAACGUCAGUCCGAUCCCUUGA